ACUCUGAAAACUUAUUGGGGAAGAGUUUUUUUUUUUUUUUUCCCCGGAUACAGUGUGUGUCUUAUAUCGUUUUGAUCCAUUUUGUGGCCCCGGGUGGUGCUGGUGGAGCGCACAGCGGGAGGCGCAUUGUCUGUAUGCAAACUGGACGACAUGGCCAUUGUAUGCGUUUGGGCAUAUAUGGAGCCACUGAUGGCUCGGAGGACACAGCCCGUGUAAAGUCUCAAGGAGAGUCGCCCUCGGUCGUGUUCCGCCCGUUUCUCUCCUCCGACUUUAUCUUCUUUCUUAACGGUUUCUGCUCCGGCGCUAUGAGUUGCCUGGAUGUGAUGUACCACCAAAGCUAUGGAGCGCACUACCUCCCUGCAGCGGCGUACAAGGCGACGUACUAUAACCACCACCAUCACCAGCAACAACAGAGGAAGCUGAGUGUUUACAGUAAGAUGCAGGAGUGCAUGGAGCAGCAGCAGCAACAGCAGGGAGGAGGAAGAGGGAUGCUGCCCAGGGAUCAGGGCCUCCGGCAGGGUCCCGCUGCACCAGAAUCAGGCCGUAGAUGCUCACCCAGUUCGGAACUGAAAGAUGGCCCUCAACCAGCGGAGGCGGAGUACUUGAGCUCCCGGUGUGUACUGUUCACCUACUUCCAAGGCGACAUCGGGGAUGUUGUGGAUGAGCACUUCUCCCGGGCUCUCAGUCAGUCCAGCACCUUCAGCAGCGAGAGCAAACCCAUCAGAGUGACUCAGCCGUCUGCUUCAGCCACUGCUGGCUUAUGGAAAGAUGGAGCGUCUCUCUCUGAGGGUCCCGGCAGCUCAGCUUGGAGCAGCGCUUAUGGAUCUCAGCCCAGUUCCUGCCUCCCCUCUGUAUCUGUCUCAGUCCACCCCGAGUUUUCCUCCAGCCCCGUUUCCUUCAACCACCCGGAUGGAGCCCUGUGGGCCGGCCACAUGCUCUCCCAGACCAGCCUCCCGCCUCCAGCGACGCUCCCCGACAGCUGGACCUACAGCCUGAGCCCCCAGAGCACAAGCGGCUACCCCAACGUCCAUGACGUCUACCAUCCUCACCCCCACAUCCACACCCGACACCAUCACCCCGUGCUUCAUACGUACCCAGCCCACAGCCCCGCACUGGAUCCCAGAUUCAGUCCACUGCUGCUGCCUGGUGUCAGGAGCCAGAACCAGUCAGCCACCAGCGCAGGGAGCUCCCCGCACAGCGAGGGGGUGAAGGCAGAGAUGGAUCCCAGCAGCAACAGCCCGGUCACGGCUACCUCUGUCACCUGGACCCCAUCUGCCCUCCAUGGAUCUCUGGAGGUGUACGACACAGCUCUUGAUCAGACCAAAGCAAAGACGUCGGUUUGGUUCUAACUGAUACACCAGCAAAAGGACAAAUAGACACCAAAAAGGACCUACAAUGUGGCUUUAUCAAUGUAUGGCUGCAACACCAGCACUGUAAUGUACAAUGUAGAUAUAGGAUGCUAACUGUAGCUUAGUCUAUCAGUCGUGCACUGCCCUCUCAAUUACUACGGAGAUGAACUCAGGCUUGGACUUAAAUGACAGUGAUCUAAUGCUUUGACUGCAUGUCAAGGCUCUCGAAGAACGAUUUAAAAAAAAAAAGACUACUAGCUUUAAGAACGGAAGGUUUCUUCUUUGUCAGCACAAGACACCAGUUUCCUUUUCAUGCAAUGUGAGACCAAGCGGUUCUGUUUCAAGAGCUCGAUUUUGAUCCACAUUUUUGUUUUGUACAGUAAAUGUUUGUUGAUGACUGUAAAUUGCUUUUCGUGUGUGUGUACAGUUUUGUUGUGCUUCUUUGCUCUUUUGCUGGAUGACUUUGGCUAAAAUGGUUGCUUGAAUGCUGCCUUUACUAUGUUUGCCCUCUGGGAAUGUGUAGUGUAAAUAUUGAUACUGUAUGUUUAAGUAAUAAAUUUGUUAAGCUGAA